UUGUUUCUCUCACAUUUCGGUGCAAAGUGUAUUUAAGUGGCCAGGCGCUCGCUGCUCGAGAACACACGCGUUUCACCCACCUGAGAGGGCUGCUCUUGUCAUUGGCAGUCGCGGAGCUAAGCAAAUAGAAUACCAAAAAAGGAAUACACCUGUCACCAUGAUACCGACCAUAACGAAGAAGUACCAGAACGUGGUGAUUAGCACGGGCAACAUCAUCACGGAACUCGGGCAGCGCAAGUCGAACGAGGAGCUCUAUGAUGGGCUAAAGAUAACGCUGCUCGGCGAUCCAAGUGUGGAGCGCGUGGUGGUGGAAAAGGAGAUCGACGAGCUGCACGGCCGGGUGCAGCGAGCCACCCAGGAGCUGACCACCCGGCUGACGGAGAACGGACGGAACGAAAUUAGCAUCGGUGCUAAGAUAUUCCUCAAUCGCCACUCCACGGAGUUUGUGAACCAGGCGGUGGAGGCGCUACUCAACAUACUUAGUGUGACGCACGUGGACAAUGUGGUGUUGGCCUACCACCCGAACGCGGUUGCCAGCGCAACGCCGGUGACCACAACAGCAGCAGGCGGAGUUCCGGCCAAGUCGCCCUGCUCAGAGGGCUCCACCGCCGGUAGGACCAGCAACUGGAGCCAGCGAAACGGCGACGGCGGCGUGGCAGAGCUUAAAAAACUGUACCAAUCGUUAGAGCAGUACGCACUCAAGCAGCAAAUCACCCAGCUUGGCAUUGCCGAUCUGGAUGCGUCGGCCCUAGAGGAGUUGCACAAAAGCGCCCAGGUGGCGCCCACAAUCGCCCAGGUCAACCUGUCCACCUGCUGCGUGGUGCCACCGGAACUGCAGGAGUUCUGCGCCGCCCACGACAUCCAGCUGAACACGCACAGCGAUCCCGAGCUGCUGCUGCCCGAAGAACAGUUCGCCGAACUAGCACCGGGCUACACAAUCGACUGGUCGCUGCGGUACCAAGUGCACGUCCGCUGCCGAGGCGUCCUCACCGCCAAGGGAUACAUUGUGGGAGCCUCGCGGUCCAGCGAUUAGUUUAAGUAACACACCCCGUAAACCAGAUGCUAGGCUAUAGUUUUAAUGUUUGUAAUGUAUGCUCAUAUACAGUGGUGUACUUAUUGUUUGUUAUACAAAACCCCAACUGAGGAUUUCGAAGCCGACCGAUUGAUUUUACUGUAAACGAUUUUUCAAUACUUAUUCUGAAUAUAAAGCGUUUCAAAAACGGCAAACAACUGCA